AUGAGUACAGAAAGAGACUCAGAAACAACGUUUGAUGAGGAUUCUCAGCCUAAUGAUGAAGUGGUUCCCUACAGUGAUGAUGAAACAGAAGAUGAGCUUGAUGACCAGGAACCUGCGGUGGAACCACAGCAGAAUCGGGUUAACAAGGAAGCGGAGGAAACCCGGGAGCCGUUCAAAAAAGACUGUACGUGGCAAGUCAAAGCCAAUGAUCGGCGCUUCCAUGAACAACCUCAGUUUAUGAACACAGUAUUCUUUUGCAUUAAGGAGAGCAAAUAUGCGAAUAACGCAAUUAAAACAUACAAGUACAAUGCGUUGACCUUUCUACCAAUGAAUUUGUUUGAGCAAUUUAAGAGAGCGGCCAAUUUCUACUUCCUGGUCCUUCUCAUCUUACAGGCAAUCCCUCAAAUCUCAACCCUGGCGUGGUACACCACGCUGGUGCCCUUGCUUGUGGUACUGGGCAUCACGGCCAUCAAAGACCUCGUGGAUGACGUGGCGCGCCAUAAAAUGGACAAGGAAGUCAACAACAGGACGUGUGAGGUCGUUAAGGAUGGCAGGUUCAAAGUUGCCAAGUGGAAAGACAUUCAAGUCGGAGAUGUCAUCCGCCUGAAAAAAAACGACUUCAUCCCAGCUGACAUCCUGCUGCUGUCGAGCUCUGAACCUAACAGCCUCUGCUACGUGGAAACGGCCGAACUGGAUGGAGAAACCAACUUAAAGUUCAAAAUGGCACUUGAAGUCACACACCAAUAUCUCCAAGAAGAGAAUUCAUUGGCAGCAUUUGAUGGUUUUAUUGAAUGUGAGGAACCGAAUAACCGGCUAGAUAAGUUCACAGGAACACUAUUUUGGAAAAACACAAGUUUUCCUUUGGACGCUGAUAAAAUUUUGUUACGUGGUUGUGUCAUCAGGAACACCGAUUUCUGCCAUGGAUUGGUCAUUUUUGCAGGUGCUGACUCUAAAAUAAUGAAGAAUAGUGGGAAAACCAGAUUUAAAAGAACUAAAAUUGAUUACUUGAUGAACUACAUGGUCUAUACGAUCUUUGUUGUUCUCAUCUUGCUUUCUGCGGGUCUUGCCAUCGGCCACGCUUACUGGGAAGCUCAAGUUGGCAAUUUUUCCUGGUACCUCUAUGAUGGAGAAGACUCUGCGCCCUCCUACCGUGGAUUCCUAAAUUUCUGGGGCUACAUCAUUGUUCUCAACACCCUGGUGCCCAUCUCUCUCUAUGUCAGUGUGGAGGUGAUUCGUCUUGGCCAGAGUUACUUCAUCAACUGGGACCUGCAGAUGUACUAUCCUGAGAAGGACACACCCGCGAAGGCGAGAACCACCACGCUGAAUGAGCAGCUCGGGCAGAUCCAUUACAUCUUCUCGGACAAGACAGGGACCCUCACGCAGAACGUCAUGACCUUUAAGAAGUGCUGCAUCAACGGGCAGAUUUACGGAGACCAUCGAGAUGCUUCUCAGAACAGUCACAGCAAAAUAGAGCCAGUGGAUUUUAGCUGGAAUACGUUCGCCGAUGGGAAGCUUGCAUUUUACGACCAUUAUCUCAUUGAGCAAAUCCAGUCGGGGAAGGAGCCAGAGGUGCAGCAGUUCUUCUUCCUGCUGGCAGUAUGUCACACGGUCAUGGCGGACAGGCUCGAUGGUCAACUCAACUACCAGGCGGCCUCUCCUGACGAGGGUGCUCUCGUAAGCGCCGCCAGGAACUUCGGCUUUGUCUUCCUCGCCAGGACCCAGAACACGAUCACCAUCAGUGAGCUGGGCACAGAGAGGACCUACCAUGUUCUCGCCCUUUUAGACUUCAACAGUGACCGGAAGCGGAUGUCUAUAAUUGUAAGAACCCCGGAAGGCAACAUCAGGCUUUACUGUAAGGGUGCCGACAUUGUGAUUUAUGAACGGUUACAUCGAACGAAUCCUACGAAACAAGAAACGCAGGAUGCCCUGGAUAUCUUUGCAAGUGAGACUCUUAGAACACUGUGCCUUUGCUAUAAGGAAAUUGAAGAAAAAGAAUUUGAAGAAUGGAAUAAAAAGUUUAUGGCUGCCAGUAUAGCCUCAACCAACCGGGACGAAGCUCUGGAUAAAGUAUAUGAGGAGAUUGAAAAAGAUUUAAUUCUAUUAGGAGCAACAGCUAUUGAAGACAAGCUACAAGAUGGAGUCCCAGAAACCAUUUCAAAACUUUCAAAAGCUGACAUUAAGAUCUGGGUGCUCACUGGAGACAAAAAGGAAACUGCUGAAAAUAUAGGAUUUGCCUGUGAACUUCUUACUGAAGAUACCACUAUCUGCUAUGGGGAAGAUAUCAGCGCUCUUCUUCAUACAAGGAUGGAAAACCAGAGGAACAGAGGGGGAGUCUAUGCAAAAUUUGUACCCCAAGUGUAUGAACCGUUUUUUCCGUCUGGUGGGAACCGUGCCUUGAUAAUCACUGGCUCUUGGUUGAAUGAAAUCCUUCUCGAGAAAAAGUCCAAGAGAAGCAAGAUUCUGAAGCUGAAGUUCCCCAGGACGGAAGAGGAGAGGCGCCUGCGGACUCAGAGCAUGAGGAAGCUGGAGGUGAAGAAGGAGCAGCAGCAGCAGAACUUCGUGGACCUGGCCUGCGAGUGCAGCGCGGUCAUCUGCUGCCGCGUCACCCCCAAGCAGAAGGCCAUGGUGGUGGACCUGGUGAAGCGGUACAAGAAGGCCAUCACGCUGGCCAUCGGGGAUGGCGCCAACGACGUCAACAUGAUCAAAACUGCCCACAUCGGUGUUGGAAUAAGUGGACAAGAAGGCAUGCAAGCUGUCAUGUCCAGUGACUACUCCUUUGCACAGUUCAGAUACCUGCAGAGACUGCUCUUGGUGCAUGGCCGGUGGUCUUACAUAAGGAUGUGCAAGUUCCUGCGAUACUUCUUCUAUAAAAACUUUGCAUUUACUUUGGUUCAUUUCUGGUACUCCUUCUUCAAUGGGUACUCUGCACAGACCGCGUACGAAGACUGGUUCAUCACCCUCUACAACGUGCUCUACUCCAGCCUACCCGUGCUCCUCAUGGGGCUGCUUGACCAGGACGUGAGUGACAAGCUGAGCCUCCGCUUCCCCGGCUUAUACGUGGUGGGACAGAGGGACCUGCUCUUCAACUACAGGAGAUUCUUCGUCAGUUUGCUGCACGGGGCUUUAACGUCGCUGGUCCUCUUCUUCAUACCUUACGGCGCCUACACGCAGACCAUGGGGCAGGACGGAGAGGCGCCCUCGGACUACCAGUCUUUCGCGGUGACGAUCGCCUCUGCUCUCAUAAUAACAGUCAACUUCCAGAUUGGCUUGGAUACUUCUUAUUGGACUUUUGUGAAUGCUUUUUCAAUUUUUGGAAGCAUUGCACUUUAUUUUGGCAUCAUGUUUGACUUUCAUAGUGCUGGGAUACAUGUUCUUUUUCCAUCUGCAUUUCAAUUUACAGGCACAGCUUCAAAUGCUCUGAGACAGCCGUAUAUUUGGUUGACCAUCAUCUUGACCGUUGCUGUGUGCCUGCUGCCCGUUAUUGCCAUUCGUUUCUUGUCAAUGACCAUCUGGCCAUCAGAAAGCGAUAAGAUUCAGAAGCACCGCAAGCAGCUAAAAGCCGAAACGCAGUGGCAGCGGCGCCAGCACGUGUUCCGCCGGGACGUGUCCACGCGGCGCUCGGCCUACGCCUUCUCGCACCAGCGCGGCUACGCCGACCUCAUCUCCUCGGGCCGCAGCAUCCGCAAGAAGCGCUCGCCCCUGGACGGGGUCAUCGCCGACGGGUCGGCGGAGUACCGGCGCACCGCCGAGAGCUGA